UUACACGGCUUAGCCACAACCUCCACAACACACUGGUCCGUGCAAAUCAUUCAAACACAUUCUUGUGAUAACGUAGAUCUUUUCAUCUCUGUUGUGUGAACCAGAAGGGGUCAGACUGUUUUCAACAUACCACCAUGGCCGGUGUUGUGAUCAGGCGUCUGUUUGGCCGGUCUGAAGUGAAACAUCUCGCUGGCCUCGCUGAACAAGAAGGAUGGACCAAGACACUCCCCUAUCUGCUAAAAUGUUACGACAUCAACCCCUCGGAUUGGUGGGUGGCAGAAAGGAGUGACGGCAGGAUCGUUGGUUGCAUCAAAAUGUUCACCCUGGAUGACAACACAACCUGUCAGGGUGGAAUGUAUGUUGUCGACAAGCAACACAGAGGUCACGGGAUUGGAAUGAAACUGAAAAGUGCACUAUUAGCAGGGGUACAAGAUAAAAAUGCCUUUAUCACCGCACUUAAGCCUGAGCUUAAUCUAACAACAUUCAAACCAUUACAUGACAUUCACAGUUUGUAUUUGAAGAAAACCAACCAAAUGCUUCCACCAUUACCGGGGACUGGUUUUCGCAUACUUCCGUUGGCUGACGUCCUUCUGGAACGGUUAGAGAAAUACGAUGCACGGAUACAUCCGGUAAAGAGAACUACUAUGUUUCACAGAUUCAUCAUUGCAGACGCAACCUUUGUCUUCGUGGCGCUGGCAUGUGGUUCUGGAGACGUAAUCGGUUAUGGCGCCCUGAAAAGAGCCAAUAAAGUUUGGGAAUUCUGCCCAACGUAUGCAGAUACUGACGACGUAGGGCACGAACUUAUUAGAACGAUGCUUGACAAAGUAUCCGAUGGAAACACAAUUGAAGUGAAUUCCUUCGCUGAGAACCAGAAGGCGAUUGACUUAUACAAGGAAAUUGGAUUUUCAAUCCAAUAUACUCUUGCGUUGAUGUACUCAAAGAAACCGCUGAUUAUUCCAAUCAAAAAUGUUUAUUCUACAGCAGGAUCCGAUUACUCGCCAAUGUAAAUAAUUUUAAUUCAGAUGAUUACGUCAUAUAAAAACUAAAUCGUUACAAUGUUGAUGCAUGAAAUAUUUAAUGGACUUAUAUACAAACUCGGAUUAUAAAAGCUGAAAAUUAAUAAUAAUAUUAUUUAAAAUAUUGAAUGAAUUGCCCUUCUUUACCUUCUACUGUUUGACGUUUGAUUUUCACAUUACCGAGGAGCCGUGAAGAUCAGGGGUAGAAUAGGUCUUCAGCAACCCAUGCUUGCCGUAAAAGGCGACUAUGCUUGUCGUAAGAGGCGAUUAACGG